UUUCUUGACUGAGACAUUCCUUGCAGCCUGACACUGAGAAGGAAGAAGAAGAAGAAGAAGAAGAAGAAGAAGAAGAAGAAGAAGAAGAAGAAGAUCUUUCUACACCAGGUUUUCCACCAUGAAGAUGCUCGCUGUGUCUUUGCUUGUUUGCUCCGUGGUGGCUCUGACCCGAGCUCUUAGUCUGCCUCGCACAGACUAUCCUUUGCCGGAGACAACUGUGCCACUAGCUACUGAAGAGCCUACCUUUAUUGUUGAUUGGCUUCCAACUUGUCCUCACGGAUGGAGUUCAUUUGAUACCCACUGCGUUGUCUACGUCCCGGAGAAGAAGAGUCUGCAUGAGGCUGAGGCAGACUGCUUGUCCAUGGGACAUGCAAUGCCUGGAUUUCUAGCGUCUGUGACUGAAGCCCGCAGCCCAGAAGAGAUCCAUAGUAUGAUGAAGAAAGCUGGACAGGAGCAAGGACAAGUAUGGGUUCGAGACCCUCAAAGCGAACAGAGUUCUUCGUGGCUUUGGUUCUUUUGGAGUUAUAAUCACGGUGAUAACUUCGACAACUUCUGUCAUCAAGGGUCUGCCAAGCAGGAGAAUCAGUGCUUGGUGCUGAAUUUUGAAGGAAGCAACGCGGGAUGCUUGGACUACGUACCGUGUGACACCAAGCUUCCAUCCAUCUGUAGCUCCAUUCUCAUGUUAGAAAUCAGCAUCAUCUCCGCAAUGAAGACUCUGCCACUGAUUGCGAUUGUUUGUGUGGUGUUGACUUUGACUGGAGCUGAUGCAAGGAGAUGCAUGAUCAAGAGGUCCAGAUAUUGUCCUGGUUGGUCUCGGUAUAAAGGACGCUAUUUCAUCUACAUUCCCACACCCAUGACUUGGGCUAGUGCUGAGAAAAACUGUCAGUCCCUGGGUGGAAACCUUGCAUCGGUCCGUAAUAUCUUCGAAUACCGUGUUAUCCAGCGGCUGAUAUUGAGACGCACUCGUACGUAUCGAGAAACAUGGAUUGGAGGCAGUGAUUGCCAACAGGAGGGUUUAUGGCUGUGGAGUGAUGGGACGCGUUUCCACUAUUCAAACUGGUGUCGUGGAGAGCCCAAUAACGGACAACGUACCCAGCACUGCCUGCAAAUGAAUUAUGGAGCUUCCAAGUGCUGGGAUGAUUUGCAGUGUAAUGUACACCGUCCAUCUGUUUGCGCCAAGAAAAUUCGAUGAAUCCUGAAACAAAAGAAUUUGUAACAAACACUGGUGGAUGUGUGCUGAUGUUUGUGUUUUCAUGCUCUUGUUUCUUAAGCUAAUCACUCUGGAGCCUCUUUAUAUUUCUUCUAUCGCUGUAACACAACUAAAGGAGUGAAGCGACAAGUCAAAUCAACAGAAGCUGGAUCGUCUCAGAGGCUUUAUGCCUUUUAAUAAGAACAGACUGAAUGUGUUAUGAAAAGAACGCUGUUAGCAAAACUUCCUUCUGCAUAAUCAACUCAUACUUACUGAUUUUUUCAAAAUUAAAAGCAUGAAGCAUUGAAA